AUGCGUUAUUCCGACGCAUGGUCUCCGGCUUUUCCUUCGGACCACCGUGCCGCCAGCUGCAUGCCGGAAGUCCAAAGCCACCACAGCUUCUAUGGCAUUAACAAUAAUGAAGGGUUUCAGAGCUUCAGCGGCGGAUUAUUAUACCAGCAACCAUAUAUUAGUGACUUUGCAGAUGAAAGUUGUGGCUUCGUGGAGGACGUCAAGCCUCUUUCUUGUCCUAAAGCUUCAAGAGAAAACUGGGGAAUUCAAGGGAAUAAUCAAGUGCUAGGAGUUGAUCAAGAGAACAUUAAGGUGGGAAGGUAUUCGGAAGAAGAAAGAAAGGAAAGAAUUCUGCGAUAUUUGAGGAAAAGAAACCAAAGGAACUUCAACAAGACAAUCAAGUAUGCUUGUCGGAAAACCCUAGCUGAUCGCAGAGUCAGAGUCAGAGGAAGAUUUGCAAGAAACAAUGAGCUUUGUGAGGAUGAAAUGACAAUGAAAAAAGAAUAUUGA